AUGGAACGUGACGGAGUUGACGAUGUGAAGAUUCCUCUGUUGCAAUCUACAGAAGAAAACGUCGUCGUUCGGACGGUUACGUUCCAAAUUAGCGAUAUUAAGUGCGCUUCCUGUGUUAAUUCUAUUGAAUCGGCGCUUGCGAAUCUUAACGGCGUUAAAAAUAUUGCAGUUUCUUCACUUGACGGCCGUGCGGCCAUCAAAUUCGUUCCCAAACUCAUAACUGCAAAAAGAAUAAAAGAAAGUAUAGAAGAGAGUGGGUUUAAGGUUAAUGAGGUUCAUGAUCACGACCAAGACAUAUCGGUGUGCCGAAUCAGGAUUAAAGGAAUGGCGUGUACAAGCUGUUCUGAGUCUGUUGAGAAAGCACUUCAAAUGGUUGAUGGAGUGAAAAGGGCAAUAGUUGGUUUAGCUUUAGAGGAGGCAAAAGUGCAUUAUGACCCUAGCCUUGUCGAUCCUGAAAAAAUAAUUGAAGCUAUAGAAGAUGCAGGCUUUGGAGGAGAACUUAUUAGUUCUGGGCAUGACGCUAACAAAGUUCAUCUAAAACUCGAAGGGAUUGAUUCUAAAGAAGAUGCUGAUGUGUUAUUGUCUUACCUUGAGUUAGCGGCAGGUGUGAAUCGUGUUGAAAUGGACUUUACAGAACAUAUAGUUACGAUUAGCUAUGUUCCCGAUAUUACAGGUCCGAGAACUCUAAUUCUUUGUGUUCAGGAAGCUAGCCGUGGCUCCAAGGUGUAUCAAGCAACUUUGUACUCUCCAUCGGGACAAAGAGAAAGGGAUAAAGUGAAUGAAAUUCGCGUGUACAGAAAUCAGUUUUUGUUCAGCUGCUUAUUUUCUGUACCUGUGUUUGUGUUUGCCAUGGUGCUUCCCAUGCUUCCUCCAUAUGGAAACUGGUUGAACUAUAAGCUUCAUAAUAUGCUUACUCUUGGGUUGUUUUUAAGAUGGAUCCUCAGCACACCUGUGCAGUUCAUAGUUGGAAAAAGGUUCUAUGUGGGAUCAUAUCAUGCACUCAGGAGAAGGUCUGCUAACAUGGAUGUGCUGGUUGCGUUAGGCACUAAUGCUGCUUAUUUUUACUCAUUAUAUAUUGUAAUAAAAGCGCUGACUUCAGAUACAUUUCAAGGACAAGAUUUCUUUGAGACCAGUUCCAUGUUAAUUUCCUUUAUUCUAUUAGGAAAAUAUUUGGAGAUUGUGGCUAAAGGGAAAACAUCAGAUGCUUUAGGAAAGCUAACACAACUUGUUCCUGAUAAAGCUUAUUUAGUAGUAAUUGACACUGAUGCAAACAUCAUCACAGAGACAGAAAUUGACACUCAACUUAUUCAAAAGAAUGACAUAAUUAAGAUUGUGCCUGGGGCUAAAAUUCCUAUUGAUGGUAUUGUUAUAAAAGGGCAAAGUUAUGCAAAUGAAAGUAUGAUCACAGGAGAGGCAAGACCGAUUGCCAAAAGUCCAGGAGACAAGGUUAUCAGUGGAACAAUUAAUGAGAAUGGCUGCUUGUUGGUUAAGGCUACACAUGUUGGAUCAGACACUGCCCUUUCUCAAAUUGUUCAACUCGUAGAAGCUGCUCAACUUGCCAAAGCACCAGUUCAAAAACUCGCGGACGAUAUUUCAAGGGUUUUUGUUCCAAUUGUGGUUGUUAUAGCACUCACAACUUGGCUGGGGUGGCUCAUUCCUGGGGAAGUAGGUUUUUACCCUAAACAUUGGAUACCAAAAGGAAUGGAUGCAUUUGAGCUUGCUUUGCAGUUUGCAAUUUCUGUGUUAGUUGUUGCUUGCCCAUGUGCUUUGGGUCUAGCUACACCAACUGCAGUCAUGGUGGCUUCAGGCAUAGGUGCUUCUCAAGGAGUGCUCAUCAAAGGUGGAGAUGCACUGGAGAAGGCACACAAGGUAAAGACUAUUGUAUUUGAUAAGACUGGGACACUAACAGUUGGGAAGCCAGCAGUAGUUAGUGCGGUGCUGUUUCCUGACUUUUCUAUGGAGGUGUUAUGUGACAUGGCAAUUUCUGUGGAGGCAAGUAGCGAACACCCGAUAGCAAAAGCUGUUGUGGCGCAUGCGAAAAACCUUCGCAAGAAGUUCGGUUCUUGCCCUGAGGAAGUGCCAGAUGUUGUUGAUUUUGAGGUACACAUGGGAGCCGGGGUAAGUGGAAAAGUUGGUGAUAGAACAGUUUUAGUUGGAAACAGGAGACUCAUGAAUGCUUGUAACGUUAAAAUAUCUUCCGCGGCUGAAAAGUACAUCUCUGAAAACGAGAACCUGGCUAGAACUUGUGUUUUAGUUUCAAUUAAUGGAAAGAUUGCUGGAGCAUUCUCCGUAUCUGAUCCGGUAAAGCCAGAGGCUAAACGUGUUAUAUCAUUUCUCCGCUCCAUGGGUAUCACAAGCGUCAUCGUGACCGGAGAUAACCAUGCUACUGCAACUGCUAUUGCAAAUGAAGUUGGUAUCGACCAGGUCUUUGCUGAGACAGAUCCAGUAGGCAAAGCUGAUAAGGUGAAAGAAUUGCAGAUGAAAGGAAUGACUGUGGCAAUGGUAGGUGAUGGAAUAAAUGACUCUCCGGCUUUGGUUGCUGCUGAUGUCGGUAUGGCUAUAGGUGCUGGAACUGAUGUGGCUAUAGAAGCAGCUGAUAUAGUUUUGGUCAAAAGCAAUUUGGUAGAUGUGAUUACAGCCAUAGAUCUCUCUAGAAAGACCAUGUCUCGUAUCAGACUGAACUACAUUUGGGCUCUUGGUUACAACAUUUUAGGCAUGCCAAUUGCUGCUGGUGUUCUGUACCCGUUUACCGGAAUCAGAUUGCCACCUUGGCUUGCUGGUGCUUGCAUGGCUGCAUCUUCUCUUAGUGUGGUUUCGUCAUCUCUUUUACUGCAGUUCUAUAAAAAACCUUUUCAUGUUGAAUACUUUUAA